AUGGAGAAGCUGCAGCGUGUCGAUUCCUUUGAGCAGCAAAGCAAAGAAUUGGAGGCGGCGCAUACUCAUCCUCCGCCACCGGCUACCGUUCGAGCUAGAUUCCUACUGCUAGCAGCGUGGUUCGCCCUCAACCUAGCUUUGACCAUCUCCAACAAACUCGUCCUGAGCACGCUCCCAUUCCCGUGGCUGCUGACAACGCUUCAUACCUCUGCGACUGCGCUCGGCUGCUGUGCCGUCUACGGCUUUGGGAACAUUCGCGUCACCCGCCUGAACACUCGUGAAACUCUGGUCCUGGUCGGCUUCUCCGUGCUCUUCACACUCAACAUCGCCCUCUCAAACAUAUCUUUGGCGCUCGUCUCCGUACCAUUGCACCAGAUCAUCCGUUCCACGAUCCCCAUCAGCACCAUCUUUAUCUACCGUGCCGCUUACGGGAAGACAUACUCAACUGCUACGUAUCUCACAAUGGUACCACUCAUUGCAGGCGUCGGCCUUGCCACAGCAGGAGACUACUACUGCACGCUGUUAGGCUUCCUGGUAACAGUCCUAGGCAACAUGCUCGCUUCAGUCAAGACCGUGGCGACGAAUGAACUAACGACCGGAAGUCUACAACUACCCUCUUUGGAGCUACUGCUGAGGAUGUCACCCUUGGCGACAUCUCAAUGCGUCGUCUACGCCUGCGGCUCAGGCGAAGUCGCGAAGCUGUACGCAGCUCGUAAUGAAGGCGUGUUGCAAACUCCAACGAUGGUGUUCGCACUGGCAGUCAACGCGGCGAUGGCGUUUUUGCUGAACAUCAUCUCCUUCGAGACGAAUAAGGUGGCCGGUGCGCUGACCUUGACCGUUGCUGGGAAUGUGAAGCAGGCCUUGACGGUGAUGCUUGGAAUCCUGCUGUUCAGAGUAGAGAUAGGGCUACUGAAUACAGCAGGAAUGUUGGUCACGUUGGGAGGAGCGGCAUGGUACAGCAAGCUCGAGAUAGAUCAACGCCAGAGUAUAUGA